UCCGCCCCUUUUUCUUGCCGCACAACCCGUACUUCGAACGUUCGAAAAAUUCUCUUUUUAAAGUGUUUUCAAUUUUUUUUUGACUGUUUUAUGGUAUUUGAUAUAUGCCAGUGUUUAUUUUUGAUAUAUUUGUUUAAAGAACAUAUAUAUUUUUUUUGAAUAUCUGUAUUUCAUCGGCGCAUGUGACAUCAACAAGUAAAUAAACCGCAAAUCAAUCAAACAAUCGCAGAGUGCGGAAAAAAGGCUGCGCCCGCGUUUUUAACCGCGCGCAAGUCGCUGACAACUUUUCGCCGGAGAGCCAGCCGCAACUUGAUCUUUCCGUAAAUUAAACUAUUUACUGUUUAAACAUUUGCCAAGUACACAAAAAUACAUACGUUUGUUGCUCGUUCUCGUCUCGUCUAAAAUUACAAAAGCCUCGAAGUCGACGUCUCUCUGAUAAAAAGCUGAACAAAACAGCAGCAGCAGCAACAGCCAUCUUUGCCAUGGAGGUGGAAUGCGAUCUGGGUGAUAUACAAAAUGAGGAAUUGCUGAGGAAAAUGUGGCAGCAGUCCGAGGACAGCGAGCGCAAGAAGCAGAUCCGUUCGCAUCUCUAUAAGCUGCGCGAGUCGCGACUUUGCAACCUCUAUAGGCACGAAGCGGACCCAAUGUCGGAGCCCAACGGAAACGGAAACGGACAUGGCAACGUGAACACGCUGGCCGGAUAUGCGGGCAAGGAUCCGUUGGCCACCAGCCACGGCGAUGCCCUGCUCGACCAGAACUUCCAGAGCCUCAAGUCGAAGGAGGUCCGCGACUCGACCAGUCCCACCCACGAGCUGCGCUUCCAUUCGAUGACGCUCAGCCAGCCGAACACCACCGGCUGGGAUGUGCAGACCUCCUCGGAGGUCAGCCCCGAUGGACGGGCCUAUCGCACCGAAACUCUGGCCAAAACAGACGGCGUGGAGAAGCUCAAUGGUGGUGGCCUGGCCGAGUUCAAAGGUCGCAACGAGCAGCGCUCGAGUGCCUCGCACCAGGGCGAUGACAAGAACUUCGUGAAGCAGGCCUCGGACAGCUCGAAGACCCAGCUCCAGGAGACGGUGGUCUUCGGUGACGAGUCCAGCGGUCGCACCGAGAUGAAGAUGAGCUCCACCUCCACCUCGUCCUCCUCGAAGGUGGUGUCCUCCUCGUCCACCGUUGAGUACGGCGACGAGCCGCGCUAUCUGCUGGAUAGCCAUGGCCAGGAGAAGCCACAUCCCAAGCAGCAGCCGCAGCCGCAGCAGCAGCAGCAGCAGCAUCAGCGGGAGUGGGAGCAGGAUCAGAGGCGCCAGGAGCACCGCAUUCAGGAGCAACUGCAGCGACAGGAGCGACAGGAGCAACGGAUCCGCCAGGAGCAACUGCAGCGCCAGGAGGAAUUUCAGCGGCAGGAGCAGAUCCAGCGGCAGGAGCAACUGCAGCGCCAGGAGGAGCGAUUCUCGGAGAGCCGCGAGCAGAGCAACAGCACCCGGAACGUCCAGACCCAGCAGCACUACGAGGAGAACAAGCGCUAUGUGGAUAUGGACAAGGCCUCGCCGGAGUAUCAGCGCCAUGUCCAGCACUUGAUGGAGCAGCCCGGAGAGAUCAUCUCCAACACGGUGGAGUAUCCCAAGCCGAAUGUCAAGAUGAUCACCACGGUUAAGCGCCUGCCGGACGGAACCAUUGUCAAGAACAAGCGCUACGAGACGGAGCAACUGACUCCAGGCCAGAGCCAGACAACCCACAAGCAGACCAACAACCAGACCCACAACCAGACCCACAACCAGACCCACAACAAGACCCACAACCAAACCCACAACCAAACCCACAAUCAAACCCACAAUCAGCGACGGGCACAGGAUGUGCAGGACAGUCAGGUUCGCGAUGUGGUGGACAAUGUGGAGCAGAAGCACGUGACUGAGUCGCAGAGCUUCUCCUCGGUGAAGAAGUCCAGCCGACGUUUCUCCACGGAGACCACCUCGGAAACGGUGGAGGAGUACGAUGAUCGUGGCCAGCCCCUGUCCAGGGUGGUGCAAAAGGCACCCACACCCUCCUAUGCGGCUCCAACCCACUCGCCACGACAGUCGCCGGCCAAGGACUUCAGCACCCACGGUUUCCCCUCGGUGCGUCCGAACAAGCCCACCCAGGAGUAUCCCUCCCAGAGACCCGGCCCCGCCGGCGAAGAGGUGGUGGUGGUGCGUUCCGAGAAGAGCCGCCAGGUGAAGCAGCAGUCGAGCUCACAGCACACCACCGAAACGGAGGUGGUGGGCGAUGACUACCCACAGUCGCAGAGGUCACCACAGAAGCUUAGGGAGGCGCCAUCGCCCAGCUGGGAACAGCCUGCCACCAGGCGUCAGCCGGUGGAUGAGGAUUUCAGCACCCAUGGUUUCCCCUCGGUGCGCACAACCACCAGCACCACGCGUCCCGAUCAACCCGAUGGCGAGGUGCUGCAGACUUCCAAGACGGUGAGUCGCAAUCAGAGCGCCAAUCGGAAGACGAACACGGAGCGGAUCAUUGAGACGCAGGUGGAGCAUCCCCAUGGCCCCACCCACUCCCAUUCCACUCCCCGAUCUGGAAGUCCUCGUCGAUCUCAACCACGCGAGGAUUACGGCAGCGUGAGCUCGCCUCGCGGACCAGCCGGCAAGCCGAGUCAAUCGCGUCCCAGCACCACUGGCGGUAGCACCACCACCACCAAGACGACCACCACCACUUCGGAGCCAUUGACGCGGCGUCAGCUGCAGAAGGAGCGCGAGGUGGACGCCGCCCAUCGGGCCUUUGCCGCCUCGCUGCGCAGCAGCUCGCCGGCGGACAGCACCACCUCGGUGGGUUCGCACCACCACCAGACACCGCGAUCGAGCGUCUCUUCGAACCGCACCUUCCGUCGCGAAAUGCGCGAGGGCUCCCACGACAGCCAGGCUCCUUCGGAGUCGAGCAGGAUCAGCUCGACCACGGUGACCAGGCACACGGGUGGCACCACCACCAGCAGCACCACCAAGACCAAGGCCACCAAGCCACCGGUUAGGGGUCCCAGCGAGCCGAGGUCGCCCACCCCGAAGGCGGGAGGGAAUGUGAUCACCACCACGACCACCAUUAGCAGCACCACCAAGUCCAGUCCCAGUCCAGCACCAGCUUCACCCACAGCCGCCGCACCACCCACCUCAGCACCACCAGCCAGUUCCGCACCACCAGAUAACAAGCUAUCACAGUAUACGUAUACUACCACUAAGCCCGGCGAUAUAUUCUCUCUGCCACCAACUACUCCUCCUACUAUUAACAACGAACCAACACUAACCACCACCACCACCAAAACAACAACCACCAACAACCAGAAACAACCUGCAAACAACCAGAAACCCGAUCCUGAUUCCGAUUCCCAGCCGAUCCGCAAGGUGAAGCUGAGCGCUAACGAGGCAACCAAGGUGGUGGAAGAGGCACCCUGUGUGCGACGUCAAUAUUACCAGCUGGGAAACGAGGGGGAAAGCCCCGAGACGCCCGAGAGCUCAGGGACCCCUGCCAGCAAGAAGCCCCACCCAACGAGGAGGCCCCACGACGAAACAGAGCCUCAGUUGAGGCGUAGCUCCAAGUCGCCCAGUGUGGAGCCACGUCCGGUGCAGCGGGAGACGACAUUCGAGGGUCGUCGCGUCUCUCAGCCGGAGAAUCGAGAGCUCUCGAUCGACGAGCUGAUCCUUAUCGAAGAUAUGAGCGGAGCUCCGGGCUUGCCCACGUUGUCUGCGAACCCAACGCCUAGGACUCAGAGUCCUGGCAAACCAUCGACCAGGGCCCAGAGUCCCGAGAAGCCACAGCCUAGGGCAACUCCCAGACAAAGUCCUGAGAAGGAGCAACCAGUCUUCAAGUCGUCUAGCCCAUCCGAUAAGCCGUUGCCACGUGCCCAGAGUCCUGAAAAGGUUCCCGGAUGGACUCAGCCCCAAGUCUCUCCCCGUCACAGUCCCGAAAAGCAAUUGCCCCGUGCUCAGAGUCCCGAGAAGACUCCUGGAGUAAGCCAAUCUAGUGCUUCUCCCCGUCAAAGUCCAGAGAAGCAAUUACCCCGUGCCCAGACGCCAGAGAAAGCUCCCGGACUGCCCCGUGUUUCACCUCGGCAAAGCCCCGAGAAGCAGUUACCCCAGGAGAUUACGCCAAAAUCCCGUCAAAGCCCGGAAAAGGAACUAACCAGCCAGCAAAGACGAGAGGAGGAGAUGUUCCGCAGCACCAUAACCACUACCCAAAAACGAACUACCAACAAUUUAAACGAAGAAUUUCUAACGAACGAACGAGAUAACCAAAAUCAGCCGACCUACGAAAAGAAACCCCAGGCCCCAGGUACUGAUGAACCGAAAACGAAGCCGCAGGAGACCAUUGAAAGUCCAGAUGGUGGAUUUCCAUCCAAGGUCACUGAAGCUGAACCCCAGCCUGAAGAAAAAGAGGGGCCCACCUAUCGGAAGAAGGGUUUGACUCGUCGUGAGACCUUUGAGGAUCGCUGUCGCCAAAUUUUGGGUAUGGAGGAAGAUGGCGAUACUCAGGGAACUUUCACCCAGCGACCGAACGACAAUCAGGAAGAUGAGAAUGUUACCCAUACCACCAUAGAGACCAUCCAAGUUAAGAUCGAAGAUUGCCCUGAUGAUGAUGACGAUGAUAAGCCCCGUCGUGUGACCGAGACAUAUGUGGUUCGUACGCAGCCCACGAUCAAGGUGGAAGAGGAGCUCCUCGUGGAUGUGACCGAGUCAGAGGAUGUGGAGAUUUUGCUGACUCCCUCGAAAAAGACACCAAAGGACGACGAAGUGCCCAAAUUUCACAAGGAGCCAGAGGCUCCUAAAAAGGAUCAAGACUCUCCCGGAAUUUCAAAGAAGCAACAGAGUCCUGUUCGUCCCAAAGAUGAGGAAACCUCCAGGUAUCCCACAAAGGAGCAAGACAGACCCAGGUAUUCGACGGAGCUAGAAAAACCGGCAUAUCCUCAGGAGAGCCCAAGGAAUCCUAAAGAGGAUGCCGAGACAAUUAAUCUUAACGAAGAGACCACCAUUGUCAUUACCAAGCAGGGUUCAAAAUCUCCCACACCCACCUGGUCUCCUUCUCCUGAACGUAGAGUUCCCAAGAACUCACAGUCUCCGUCUCCUACCGCCUCUCCUUCAGUCUCUCCGGCCUUUGGCAGAAAGAUCCCGGCCAAGCUGGAGUCCAGCUUUGUGACCGAAAAGAUUAUCGAUUGCCAGGGAAAAACCGUAGUGGAGAAAAUCAGCCAGAGGCCACGAACUCCAAGUCCGACUACGCCCAAAAAGGGCACGAGGCCAGCACAAAAGGUGCCGGAGAGAGUACCAGAAACUGAGUCGGAGCCCGAAAAGGACUCAGAACCGGAGACGAAGAAGAAGAACGGUGUGAGCACUACAAAAACGGAAACCGACCGUCGCAAUUCGCGCACCACCAAAACAAAGCAACCAAUGGCGCCCAAGGAGCCACAAUCGAAGCUCCCAGCAGCAAAGAGUCCUCGCAAGGAUUCGCUGACGGGUCGCAAGCGGGACAGUUUGGUGGAGGAGACACGAACCACUACAACUACAACAACGACAACUCGUCAGGGUCGUAAGCCCAGCGAUACCAAUGGCUCGCCUUCCAUUAAGGAUCGUCUUCGUUCUUCGCCGCGCAAGCAAAAGACUUCUCCGCAGCAGACUCGUACCCCCACUCCGGCCCAAUCACGAAACCCAGAGGAUGACGUCGAUGGCGACUCCACCUCUCCAGAUGCCAGCCCCUCGAGGGUGAGUAACGAACGGCGCCGAUCUAGCAAUAUUUCCGUGCACACGGAGAUUAUCAUAGAUCACACGGCUCCCAAAUCCCCAAGAACUGAGAGGCGACCUCAAAGUACCAACGCAGGCGUUCCCAGUCCGAUAAGAAAACUUCCGGUAACGGAGAGGAAGGAGUCGGCCCCUGUGCCCCGAGUAACUCGACGCGAUAAAACCGAGAAGGUCACUCGCUCCACCAGCGAGAACAUCAUUAAGGUGAGCGGCAGCAAGCCUCAUCCCGAGAUGAGUAGCCUAAAGCCAGGUGGAGAAAGGACUAGACCCAGCAAAUGCUGCACCACCAAGACGAUCAAUCUGAGCGAGCAGCGAAUCAAUACAGCCACCGAUAUCGAGGGUGUAAUCAUCGACAUCCAGCAGGCGAAGAGCUCUAGGGAACCAUCUCCGGAUAGGAUUGUGCCAACUCCCGUACCCGCGGAGGUGGAAACGGGAAAGCCCCGCUAUCCGGAUGUGGUGCAGGAGCCUGAUGAUGAGCCCCGUCGCAAGCCACAGGUUACAAAUAUUCCCAUUUUCGAGGAGGAGUCUCAAACCUAUGUGGGCUGUCAGAUAUCCGAGUUGCGCAGUUCAAAUGGGCUAGAGGUGGAUAUCCUUGACAAUCCCACUGUGGAGGCUCCCAAGAGCCUGGAUUAUCCCGUAAAUACACCCGAUACGGACGAGAGUCUGUUGAGUGUCCACGAGAAGGUCUCCCGAUUCACUCACUCAGCCGAAAAGGUGAAGCAACCGAAGGUCUCUGCCCCAUUCAACAGGGAGUUCGACACGCACGCCAAGAUUCCCGAGAACGACGAGUGUCUGCUUAGCAUUAAUCAGAAGGUAGACAAGUUCUUGCGCACUGCCGAGAAUGUAAUCAGGCCUUCUUCGCUCUCACCUCGACCGGAAAUCGAGCGACCAGGGCUGGAGGAGAUCGAUGAGGAGCUUCUUCGUGACGAUUGUACCCUGAGUGUCUCCCAGAAAGUGCACAAGUUUAUCGACACUGCAGAGAAAUUGGCGCCCACCAUGCCGCAGAAGUCACCACGCUUGGUAGCCAACAUCGAGCGGCAUAUCUCCCGGCAGAGCGAGCCCGAGCGGGAGUUGGAUGAGGAAUCGGAACCAGAGCUGGACCGGGAUACAGAUGUGGAGGACGCAUAUCCAACCAGCCAAGUGGACACGGAGGAGGAAAUAAGUCAUUCUGUGACCAAGAAGGAAACCGUAAGGGAAUUCAAGCAGCAAACUAAGGAAACCAGGCAGACACGAAGGGACUCCAAGGAAGAACCAGAACGGGGUCCGAAGAAAGUACCCCAAAAAGAGCCACAAACCAAGCUCAAAGAAGAACCUGCCAAGGUUCCAAAAUAUCAGGCUAAGCUACCACAAAAAGUGUCACAAUGGGAGCCUAAGAAGCAACCCCAAAGGGAGCCUAGGGUGUCCCAAAAAGAUGUCCCUUGGGAACCGAAAAAGCAACCUUUAACCAAGCUCAAAGAUGAACCUGAAAGGGUUACCAAAAGAGAGCACAAGGUGCCCCAGAAGGAAGCUCAAACAAAGCUCAAAGAGGAACCAGAGAGAGUCGCCAAGAAGGCUCCACAAAAAGAGCCACGCAAGGCACCCCUUAGACAAUCCGAAGAAGAGCCAGAAUUCUCCCCUGAAGAAGAAUUCGAUGAUGAGCCUCUGCCGAUGACCAAGACACACACCACGGCCAUCGAGCUCAAGCGCCAGAAAGAUAUCCUCAAUCGCCCCUCGGUCUUUGGCCAGCGCACUCCAGAACGCAAGCCCAGCACCACGCCUUCACCAACUAAGAUGAAUGGAAAUCGUGGCCGACCAAGUCCGAGCACCAGCUUGAUUACUGAAGAGAAGAGAUCGUACAGAAAUCAGGUGACCAAUGUGACCAAGCCGGGAACCAGAAAAACCACUCCCACGGCCAUUGCCCCUGCCCAAUCGCCGCUACCCAAGACCACUAGCAUUUCCAAACGAAUGGAACAAGUCAGUCAGCAAUCAUGGGUGGUCCAGGAUGUGGAUGUGGACGUGGAGGUGGUGGGACCUGCGCCCCCGUCCCACAUCAGCGAGAAGCCCCAGGGAAAGAGCCCGUCCCCAACGUCAUCGCGAUCGCCUUCGCGAUCUCCCUCCCGAUCGCCCAGUAGACGCACCUCCACCAAUUCGAACACGACCACCACAACCACCACCACCACUGAGCACCGCCACCCGAGCACCACCAAGUCAACUACCCCUAAACCGACUCCAACUAACCCAACCCCAGACGAACCCGAAAUCACACCCAUUGAAUCCCUUACAGAAAAGAGCAUCACCACCAGCUACACGACGAACACCACUGGUCGUAAUGUAGCCAGCCGCCGGAAUGUGUUUGAGCCGACCCAGGAAUCUCCAGUGGAUUCCGAGCCCACUGGACGACGUCCCUCGUACAUGGAUCACACGAAGAGCUCCCUGGAGCACAUUCGACGCGAUUCGCUGGAGAUCAACAAGAGUCACUACUCCAGAAAGUCCUCUGUUGAGGAUGACUCUCCGGUGGAGCCACGCAAUCCCAACGCAGCCGUGAAGUUCGAUGUGCCCAGAAAGACACCAUCGCGGGGUGCAGAUGAGCCAAGGAAGUCGUCACUGAAGGGAAAAGAUGAAGACUCCGAUUUGGAGCUAGAGAUCGAGGAGAUCUUCGAUCUGCAGCGACUGGAGAAGCUUUUGGAAACAGUGGCUAGCUACGAAAUGCGUCGUCGCAUUCGAGCUCAGAUGCGUCUCAUACGAAAGAACAUGAUCAAUGCGGGCACGACUACCACCAUCACCACGAUUACAACGAGCACAACUCCGGGUAAAAGUUCCCCGCUUCCCAAGAAGCGGGAUCAGAGUCCAGCGGGCGCUGCUGAAACAAAGACCAAGGAAGUUCGGAGCACCACCACAAGUCGCCGGCAGUUACAACAGAGGAUGCAGGAGCAGGUGGACAGCACCACAUCAACAACGCCAGGAAAAACUUCACCCCAGGGCAAGCCUCCUGUUAAGCCAAGGGAAAGAAGUGCCAGUCCCGCCCAGAAGCGUCGCGUUAGUCCGCCGGGAAAACAAUCGCCCGAAGAUAGGAGCAGCACCACAACCACCAAGGACACCACUAGUAGCACCACCCGCGGAGCUCCCAGCAAACCCGCUCAAGGUCCCAUUUGGGCGGAUCGCUCCAAGGUGCUAAAGGGUCAUUCGCCCGCUCCUCAGACCAACGGAAGUACUACACGCAAGGGAUCUACUUCAAGUACCACUUCGAGCAGCGGCAAGAUCUCUCGCACAUUGACCAGUUCCAGCACCACCACUAGCUCCAGCAGCAUCACGAACACCCGGAACAAGCAGCGUGAAGAGGACUCGAUCACCUCCAGUUAUGGUGUGGGACCCACCGACGAGAACGGACUGCCGCUCUUCGGGAUUCGGGCUCUCAAGAAGAAGUCGACGCCACCGGCAGAUGAGCCCUGUGAGACCAAGCAAGAAGUCACAGGCUUUGUGAUCGAGGAGCAGUUUUACUCGGACAACAAGUCACCACCUCGUCACGAGCGCAAGGAGCUGAUAUACUCAAGCAACGCUGACGAACUGGCAGCCAUCAAGCAGCAGCUUCAGGAUGAGGACGACAGCUCACCACCGGAAUUGGAUGCCCGAGUGGUGCGGGAGUUCAAGAAGGUGGAGGCGCAGCAAUCGCUUCCGGAGGAUGCCAGAUAUGUGCGUCGCGGAUCGGUGAAGGAGCUCAGCGAGAAGUUCAUACGCAAAGAGUCCUCCUCAUCCACCCAUUCGUCCCACUCGUCGACCGCCCAAUCGCUGGUGAGGCAUGAGGAUGAGACCGAGGAGGAUAGUGAGUCCAACGAGGUGUGCAGCGUGAUCGAGGCGCCACAGAUGCGUCAAAAUCAGAGCCACAUCAGUAGCACCACCCGAUCCAGCAACACUCGAUCGUUCCUCAACAGCAGUGCCGAUCAGCGCCAGGUGACCAGUGUGGACGAUGUUCUCGAGCGUAUGCGAAAUGCGGAUAACGUGGAGGAGCCCGGAGAUACUAGUGAGGAUCGCGAGGCCCGUGCUCUGCUCAACAAGUUCCUGGGAGCCAGUGUCAUUAUGCAGGGCGUGGAGAGCAUGCUGCCACCCACCGCCACGGGUCAGCGUUUAAACAGUCAAGGGGUAAAGACCACGCGGAUAACCAACACCUACAGCAAAUCAGCAGCUAACAACAGCAACAACAAGGUCAGCAGCUCUAGCUCCUCAGCACCAGUUACACGUACAACUUGUGACAUCGAGGAGAUUUGGGACGAGCAAAUCCUCAAGCAAUUGCUGGAACAGGCCUCCACCUACGAGGAGCGUCGCAAGAUCCGUGCACGUCUACGCGAACUUAUGGCGGAACGCGAAGAGCAAAAUAAUUUGAAGCAGGAGAAGCAGAAGGAGGACAAGCAGGAGGAGGAGGAGAGCAGUGCCAGCGAGUAUGAGGAGAUCAUCGAGGAGGUGACCGACUACAGCGAAGAGGAGGAGGAGCCGGUGAAAGCCGAGCCCAAAAAGGAGGAGCCUCCCAAGGAGAUCAUCCAGAAGGAGGUGACCAAGAAGGAGGUCACCAAGAAGGAGGUCGCCAAGAAGGAGGUCACCAAGCAGGCGGAGGUCACCCAACAGAAAGCUGUCCAAAAGGUGGAGAAGAAGACCACCAGCCAAGUCACCGAAAGUGUUAGCAAAAAGUUGGCCAAAGUUGAGCUGGCCAGUAGCACCACCACCAGCAGCAGUAGCAGCUCCUCGGCCACAGACGGUGUCCAGUCGGUUCAGGGUGAGUCCCUGCCAGUAGGACCAGCGUCCAAGAAAACAGGAGCCACAGGAGCAGCUGCAGCAGGAGCAGGAGCAGCAGGAACAGAAGCAGGCAGCACCAGUAGUAGCGUAGGUAGUAGGAAAACAAGUAGUCUUAGCAGUAGCCAGGUUAGCACAGUGGUUAGGGCCAGGGACAAAUCCAAGCCGGAGACCAUGCCAGUCGCAGGAACUGGAAAUGGAAAUGGAUCUGGGGGAUCAGUCAGCACAGCCAGUCGCUUGAGCGUGCCCUCGAAAGAGGAUUCCGGCACGGAGAGCGGUGAGGAUCUGCGUCUGCUGGCCGCCGGAUUGCGGGACACCUUGCAGCAGCGAAGCGUUAGCGAUGCCAGCGAGGCGAAUCGCAGCCUGGUCGAGGAGGUGACCGAUGCCCUUAGCCGCCUGGAGAGCAGCCUGAAACAGGGCAAGGAGCUGGCCGUUGAUGGGGGUCAGCGGCAGGCUCUGCUCGGCCUGGUGGCCCGCCUCCAGAGUGGACUCAGUGCGCCCGAGAAGUUGGCCGACGAUCGAAAGGCCGCCGAGGAUCCGAAGGACGCCGAUGGUGGCAGUCCGGAACCGGAAACGGACAGCCGGCAAUCUCGAUUCGCCAAGCGUCGCCAGCGAAACAGCCGUCACACCGUCGGCGUCAGUCGGGAGGAGCUGGCGGAUGCCCGGCGCUACAUGGAGGACAUGCUGAUCCUGGAGGGCAAGGACUUUGCUCUGACCAAGACGCCCAGCUCGAGUGCCGUGCCCGUGCAGCUCUACCGACCCAAUCAGUUUGUGGCACAACCCCCGCAGCAGCAGCAGCAGCAGCAGCAACAACAGCAGUCGCAGCCUCAGUCAGCCAUCAAUCCACCCACUGCGACGCCAUCGAAUCCCACCCAGAAUCAAUCUCAACUGAGACCAAACACCACGAACAGACGUCCUCUGUCCGGUGAUUAUGCCGUCAGCUUUGCCAGCUAUGAGGCCAAUCAGAACUCACAGAACACAAGUCCAGAGGGCAACGGGAACUCCCCCAGCAACUCGCAAUCGAAUUCAAACUCCAGUUCGAAUUCCAGUCGAUUUGGUGGGGGCAAAAAGCACUUGAUGAAGCGGGCCAACACCAUCGAUAUACCCAAGGCCAAGGCCAAGUACAUGGCCGACUGUGAUUCGGACUCGGAUGUGGAGGAUGACCAUGGUCCGCAUUUGGGUCUCAAGCGGGCGGUGCAGGUGAGCGUCAAGAGACGCGUUCACAAUGCAGUGCCGCCGUUUGAGCCAAAAACGGAGAACGAUCACAAGUUCCUGGCCUUCAUCAACAAGCAGAGUCACCAGACUGGCUUGGGCUGGAGCGGCGGUGGUGGCAGGAGUGUCUCGAAUUGGACCCACAAGUUUGGCAACAUCAAGCAUACCUUCGAGACGGGGGCGGCGGCCACGGCGACCAAGGGUAAGCCGCCGCCAGUGCCGGGUCAUGUGCCGGGAUGGGCCAAGCAGGAGCAGCUGCAUCAUCAGCAAUUGCAGCGCGAGCAGAUGCAGCGGGAGCAGAUCCAGCGAGAGCAGUACCAACGGGAGCAGAGGCAACGUGAGCAGAGGGAGUUGAGUCAGAGGGACCUGAAACUUCAGCUUCAGCGAGAGCAGCUCCAACGAGAUCAAUACCAGCGGGAGCAGGGCCAGCGAGAGCUCUCUAAGCGCGAGCAGUUCCAGCGAGAGCAGCUUCAGCGAGAGCAACUCCAGCGAGAACAGCUCCAGCGAGAGAAACUGCAGAGAGAGCAACUGCAAAGAGAGCAACUCCAGCGAGAGCAACUCCAGCGCGAACAACUUCAGCUAGAGCAACUACAGCGUGAUCAACUCCAGCGAGAACAACUCCAGCGAGAUCAAUUGCAACUGCAGCAGCAACAACAAGCGGCUGCCGCUGUGCAAAUUGAACGGCAGCGUCGCCAGGAAUUGGAAAGACAGCUGCGAAUCGAACAAGAGGCGCGAUACGAGCGAGAGGAGCGCACUCGCCUGGAGCGGGAAUACUACGAGCAGCAGUUGCAGCGACAACAGGCCGAGAGACAACAACAGCUGGACAGGCAACGCCAGCAGCAGGAGCAACUGGAGCGGCAGAGGCGCCAGGAGAUGGAGCUGCGACUCCAGCAGCAGCGUGAACAGGCCGCGCAGGUCAACAACUUCAUACACGCUCCCCAGUCCGUCUUCCGUCCCAUCGAAAAUGAAGCACCACUGCAGCCGGGCAUCUACAAGCCCAUAGCUCAGAAAACUCAGCCCAAUCCGGCCAUUUGGAAACCACCAACGCAACAGCAGCAGCAACUGCCACCACAAUCGCAGCAACAUUUGCAGGCCAGAUCGGCAACUUCGUACAGCAAUACACCCUCGCCAUCGUCAACGGCCACUUCACCCAUCGGUUUGCCCUGGGUGGCCAAGCCAAAGGUGGAUAACAGCGAUUUCCGACGCAAGGCCCAUCACUUUGAAGAGAGAUCCUUGAGGGACAACCUGGAGCAACAGCAGCAACAACCAACCUAUCCCAAUGGCAACAAUGGCUAUCUGCAGCGACACAACUCGCUGAGAUCCAAGGCCCCAGGCUUGAGUGAGUUCAAGAAGAGACCAUCCCUGCCCAAUGCCAUGGAACCGGGAAACGGUGCACCACCACCCAGGCAGAUGUAUCAAGCACCACCGCCACCCACGAAUAUCUCGUUUACCUACGCAGAUUUUCCGCCAGUAAGGCGACCACAGGGUGGCAAUGCCCACAACUACCGAAGUCAACCGUGCCUCACAAGUGCCGUGGAACAUGCAGAGGCAUUGACCAAUCCCCUGGCAGCUCCUCUGGUACUCACGAGCUCCAAUCCCACCUAUCUGCCGCCACCCGGGAGCCGGAGAUUCGAUUACAUCAGCAGUCCAGUGGAUGUGGACGUGGACAGUCCGCCCAACAGUCCCACGAGUUUUAUGACCAUGCCCAAUCCCACCCUGAUGACGGACAAUACGGACGAUGAUCUCGAUCUAGAUUCGGAUAACAACAUGCUGGAGUACCGAGCCGAAACGAAGGUAAUGAGAAAGCCACGUAGUCAAACGGCUGUCAGAGUGGCGGAUAGAAGGAACGCUCAUAUGAGCGAUGAUGAGGUUUACGGCAAGAACUCAAGGGCGGCCAAGUCCUUGCUCUACACGAUGAAGCAGCUUGGAGGUGGACCGGGUAAUCCGCCGGUGGGUGGUAGCAACCAGAGGAGGCUACCUCUAACGGCACCCAGUUCGCCGAAAUCGGGUUGCCUUUCGCCCGACGGUCGACAGUACCAGGCGCCUCUGGUGGAACCACUCUUCCCGCAGCUGAGCACCUUCGAGGCCAAGCGACAGCCCCAGUUCAACAGCUCGCCCAUGUCCACACCGCCAGCCGUGAGCAUGCCACAGAUCAACUACCAGGCGAAUCCCACAUACACGGCACCCAGAGUCAGUCAGGAUGCCAACUCCUACCUGGGUGAGACGCACACCUCCUACGUGGUCACCUAUCCCAUGGACGAUUCCGGCGACGAACCGGAACAGGAAUCGAUGGCCACGACGGUGAGCCAGCGAUUGCGUCGCACUUCGGAGCACUCGAAUGCCAGCUCCUCGCUGUCGCUGGGCAGCACCAGUUGGACAGCGAAUCCGGUGCAUAACACAGUUCCCACGGUGGGUUCCUUGGGACCUCCAGUGGAUCGCAGCACCAAGCCGCAGAUUAGUCAGCCAACGGGGCCGAGGGUGCCACAGCAGACUUCUCAGAAGAAGUCGCAAACUCAGCAGUUGCCUCAGCAGUUGCCUCAGCAGGUUCCUCAGCAGUUACCUCAGCAGGUACCUCAUCAGGUUCCUCAGCAGUUACCUCAGCAGGUUCCUCAGCAGUUACCUCAGCAGGUUCCUCAGCAGUUGCCUCAGCAGUUACCUCAGCAGUUACCUCAGCAGGUUCCUCAGCAGUUGCCUCAGCAGUUACCUCAACAACUGGCUAAGCAGUUACCUCAACAGAUCCCUCAACAGCUACCGAAGCAAUUACCCCAGCAGUUACCUCAGCAGUUGCCCCAGCAGUUACCUCAGCAGUUACCCAAGCAACUACCCCAGCAGAUCCCUCAGCAGUUACCCCAGCAGCUACCCAACAAUGGGCCCAGACAUGCGCCCCGGUUAAGUGCUCGCAGUCACACCAUCCAAGGUGAUUCCGGCUACGAUGGCCGUCCCCUGCAGAAUCGAGUGAUGUCCCAGCAGACCCUCAACUCCAGCCUUAUCAGCACCACCAAUAGCACCAAUCACACCACCAUCCAGAAGCAGCAAAAGGAGCAGCACAUCAACGAGCUGCGUCGCAAGAGUCUGGGCAAUGUCCUCGAGAGCAGUCAGAAGAGCACCUACUUCGAGCAGGAGUACAAGUCGUCGGCACCCCCCGACACGCCGGACAUAGUGAAGUCCUCGCUACCCAAGGACCAAAUCCCACUGCUGAAGAAGUUCGGGCCGCCGCAGCGACACCACUACAUGCCCAACUCGUAUCAGAGUCCGCAGCUGAAUAAGCAGGGUAGCACCACCACCAGUACCACCUCUAUAAGCAGCACCACAGUGGUGCAACAGCACCAUCAGCAAAUUAAGCCGAGUAUUGUGGAAACCCCGGCGACACCACAGCCACAAGUUCCGCCCGAGGAUGAGAUACCCCACAACAUAGUGUUCAACAAUGUGAGUGCCUUCACCUCGAUGAGUAGGAGGAAUCACGAGGAGGACUCCUCCCACCAGGGAACGCAGGCGGGAUCGAGGGUCAAUCGGCUGAGCAAGUGCGAUUCGUGGAAUCAGAUCUGCCAGCUGCAACAGACGACUGGUCCCAGUCCGGCGAAGUACAACCAACCAGGAUCUCCGAGUGAACUAAGGCGAUCCAAGUCCGGACACUCGCUGGCCGUGCCGAAGCUAUACGAGGCGGGCAUUGAUAAGGCCCAGGUCAGUGAGAAACAGCGAACGGUGGCUGCCUACUUCUCGGGUCAAAAGUCACCCACUGGCGGCCAAGUGGAGGAGCUGCACACCACCAUGACCACCUUGACGUCCUCCAGCCGCAAGUCGGCUAUCAAUCGGACCAAGACCAGUGAGAAACUCUCGGCGGCAGCUCGAAAAUCCCUGAGCUCGCUGACCACAUCGAAUGGCAAUGUUUCCACUGCCGGACGCAGUGGUGGUGCACCCAUGAUGGGCGGUGGCCUCAGUCGCAGUGCCACCAUGCCGCAUAUCGCCAAUCUCAAUCUGCUAGACGAGAGCAAUGUGGAGGAUGCCUUCGAGCAGCUAAUGAUGGCCCAGCAUAAGAGCUCCUCGUCCAGCGAACAGCGAACGGAAACUAAGUCCAAGGAUGGCGGUGCCACUGUGACCACAACGACAACAAAGGUUACCACUCGCACUGUCAGCGGAAGUGCUGCCUCCAAAAACAUUUCGCCCUUGGCUAAAUUCAAGCAGCUGGACAAGCAGGCAGCCGCCCAGCAGGCGCAAAAAUCAUCUCCAACAACAAGCACACCCACGACCCCCGGCGGUUCGGCACAACCGUUGUUCAAAUUUACCGAUCCGGCAUUAAAUGCGCGCGCCGCCACUGUCAAGGAUCAACUUCUGCAGUGGUGUCAGCAUAAAACGCAGGAAUAUGAGAACGUCCAAAUAAGCAACUUUAGCUCGAGCUGGUCAGACGGCUUGGCCUUUUGUGCGCUGAUACACCAUUUCUUGCCAGAUGCAUUUGACUACACCACACUAACCAAGCAGACGCGACGACACAACUUCGAGCUGGCCUUCAGCGUUGCUGAUGAGAAGGCUGGCAUUGCACCACUGCUGGAUGUGGAGGACAUGGUGGAGAUGAGUCGCCCCGACUGGAAGUGCGUGUUCGUCUACGUGCAGAGCAUAUAUCGCCGUUUCCGGAACUGUCAGUGAAUCCAUCGAAAGCAGUGGCAGCAGCAGCAGAAUAGUCCAAAUCCAGAUCCAAAUCCAAGUCAACUCAACAGCAACAGCAGCAACUCAUUAAAUUUUAAGCAUACACCCCACACACACACCCCCUUUGGCAUUUUGUGUUAAGACACGCGACACCCUACAAUCCUGCUACCCUCCCAUGUUUCCCUCCCAUAUAUCCCAUAAUCUAUUAUAACUCUGAAGACCCCGUCAUCCUGCGAAUAUCUAACUGUAUAAUCGGCAUAUGUAUAUUCUUCAACCGAAGCGCAAAUGGCUCGUCGAACGUGAACAGUCGACUCUUUGUACGUUUUUUGUGUUUGUUUUACCCUUUUUUACUAUUAUUACGAUUACGCAUUAUUAUUUGUUAUCGAACUUGAAGCAGAAACUAUGCAAAUAAUUGUUGAUUUAUAUAUUUUUUUGUCAUAAUUUUAAUUGUGGAGAGAAGAAGCAGUGCAGCUACUAACCCCUGCUGGCGGUCAUCGACAAUGGAUAUAAAGUAUAUAAAGAUACGUCUCGAUGCCGUCGCUCACAUUGAUGAAUUACUGUAAUAUUAAACAUAUAUUCUAUGUACGUACGUGUAACGAGAACGAAACAUUUACUAACCGAUGGCAUUGAAAAGGCCGCAAAGAAAUCAAAAAAAGCAAAUGAAACCCAA